AUGAUGAGUUCAAAGAUUUCAAAGAUUGUUCCACCGGACGGAUGGUCUCCACGACCAUCCAAGAAGAAGUUUAACUAUAGAGAUGAACAAGUAGAACAUUUUUUGAUUCAGAGUCCCGUCAAAGAAACCAUCCAACGUCAAAGUUUUGCGGUGCUGAAAACCAAUAACGUUUACAAAAAAGCCAUGACUGCUGGCGAGUUCCGUAAGUUGGCCACUAGUGCAAAAUACCGUAAUCCUCAUCCGGAACUACAGGGAAAAGCUCUUGAAGACUACUAUUUCCAAACUAUGGUGGAUUCGCAUCCCAUCUAUGGAGCUGACACUGAGGGUUCCUUUUAUGAUGAGAAUGUAAAUGAAUUCAAUAUGAAGCGACUAGGCACUAUCCUUGAUGAGACAAAAGAACUUACUGGUGGAAAGGUUAUAAGAGGAGUCACUUCUGUUUAUCUUUACUUUGGCAUGUAUGGGGCAUCCUUUGCUUGGCAUGUUGAAGAUAUGGAACUGUACUCUAUCAACUAUCUUCAUUACGGGGCGCCAAAAUACUGGUUUGCUGUACCUCCUGAAGCUUCCACGCGCUUCGAAAGGCUUAUGCGGCAGCAGUUUCCUACCUACGAUCGUCAUUGUAAGGCUUUUAUGAGGCACAAAAGUUUCUCUGUGCUUCCGGCUCUCUUGGACAUACACAGAAUUCCCUAUGGAACAAUGACGCAACAUCCAAAUGAGUUCAUCAUAACCUUUCCUCAUGUAAUUGCUAUCUGA